AUAGAAUGAUUUCACAAGUGAAGGUUUAGAAAAAGUUUUCUCCUCUUUUUAUCAAUAAAAUAAGAAAAUCCGACAAUAAUUUAAAGGAAUAGACAUAUUUUUCGAUAAUAUUUAAGAAGAUAUAUCUACAGAGUGUGGAGAAAUUACAAUUUCUUUGAGAAUAUACGAAGAGAAAAUAAAAAAGAUUAUUACAUAACCUAUAAAAAGGACAUUUUGAUAACGUGAACGUGCCAGACAAUAAGCAUUGACUUAAUAAACAUUUAUUAUUAUUAAAUAACUUUACAAUUUUGCCUUAGAAAUCAGUAUUUAGUGCAUUUUUAAGUAAUAUUAGUGUUUAAAUAUAAAACAAAAAGUUGUUAGAAAUUAUUAACAAUGUCUCGAUUCCUGGCGAAUUUGUAUCCUCAGGCUAGAAAUUUGGUUUCUGCUUUGAAUUCAACUGUAACAAAGGUUAAUAAUCCUAUUCGUUUUGAAAGUUUGCGACAUUUUGGAGUAACUUCCGGGCUUUCGUCAUGUUAUCCACAAAUUCAAAAGCCGGCACCACAGUUUGAAGGAACAGCUGUAGUAAAUAAGGAUUUUAAAGAUAUAAAACUGAGUGACUACAAGGGAAAAUAUGUGGUACUCUUCUUCUAUCCUUUGGACUUCACAUUCGUCUGUCCAACUGAACUUAUCGCCUUCAGUGAAAAAAUUAAGGAAUUUCACUCGUUGCAGACAGAAGUAAUUGGUGUCUCAACUGAUUCACAAUACAGUCAUCUCGCCUGGAUAAAUACACCAAAGAAAUUAGGUGGUCUCGGUGGUGAUUUGGGCUAUCCUUUAUUAAGUGAUUUUAAUAAGAAAAUAUCAACCGAUUACAAUGUUCUCGUUGAAAAUGCCGGUAUUGCAUUUAGAGGACUUUUUGUUAUUGACAGAGAAGGAAUUUUAAGACAAUUAACUGUUAAUGAUCUUCCAAUUGGAAGAAAUAUUGACGAGACAUUAAGAGUAAUUAGAGCCCUUCAAUUUGUUGAGAAACACGGAGAAGUUUGUCCAGCUAAUUGGCAACCAGAUUCAAAAACAAUUAAACCCAAUCCAAAAGACAGUAAAGAGUACUUCGAGUCUGUAAACUAGAACAAUUUUUCAUGUCCACGCAAAUGUUGUCAAAUUCCAUUAUUAGACUUUGACAUUUUUCUUUCCGGUAAGUGCUGCAUUUUAAAAUUUACGAAAAUUUAUUGUUUAACAAACAUUUGAUGUAUAUAUUUUUGACAAAAAAAAAAAAAAAAUAUAAGAAAAAAAAUGCAAAAUUUUAUUUCAA